CAGUCUCAGUUGUUUACUAACAUCACGUGUGGUUGGUUGUGACGUCGCCUCGGCUCCAUGGUAAAGUGGUUGCUGUUCUUCCAUUCAUAGUUCUGUGCCUGUGCUGUGUCCCGCGCGUAGUGAGGAGUGUCGGACCACUGUCCCAAUGUCGCGGUGUUGCGUUUCACGGUGUCUUCACCUGUAGACGUUUGGUGCGCUGCCGAAGAACUUCUUGCAUUUCUCUAAGAGAGCACGGUGCACCGGGAAUGGUUUUUUUGCGUUGAUUCAGGUGCGUCAGAAGAGGCUCUAUUGUGGCGCGGCUAACUGGAUAUUUGACGAGUGACUUCAAAGGGGCCGCAGAAAGGUGCAGGCAACCUCUGCGCUCUGUGAUUACCACCGAUGCCCUCUCGCUUGUGGCCGAUCUGUGUCAAAGCACCUGAAAAUAGUUCACGUUCACCAGGUAGCCAACACUCAUGGGAUUGGUUCUGAAACAGGACUCGCCGCAGACACAGUCCACUUCAAUGAGUGCCGCGCGGAAGAUUCGAAUUUGAAUUGUAGUCCCAUUGUGUGUGCGCGUUUCAGCGGGGUGACGAGGGACCGUUGGGGCAAUUAUUUGAUAAUUAAUCAUCAUUAAGUGCUAUUCACGGAAAUAGGUAUUCGGUGAACAUAGUUCAAGGUGCUGGGCCUAAAAAAAGUGAUGAAUCCUUGUUGAGUGGUGGAGUCGGUGUCACACAUAAAUACUAUACUGAAAUUAAGUGUAGUCGCUCAGUGAAUGGAAAAAGACAGAUGUUUCCUGCUAAAUAAUUAAACUUUUUAAACUUUUUUUCAAGUGCAGUGAAAUUAAUAUAAAUUUAGAAAUAACAAACGAAAGAAUAAGAGCAAUGAAUAUUUUACAUGAUGACAUGGACGAAAAGUUUGUAUAAAAUAAAGGUGGACAGAAUUACACUGACGUGAUGAUAGAUGUACUAAGACAAUACCUUCUUAUCUAAGGAAAAAGAAGAAAAUUCAAAUGAAAAUGGACUUCCAUGAUCAUAUACCAUGAUAUAAUAAGGAGCUGCAUAAGGUGGUACAAUCACGUACUGCACUACAACCUCACGAAUUGGAAAGCUUAGAGCAUUCAGUGAAGAAUAAAUAAUUUCAUUAGCAAUAAAUCAUGGCGGUCUCUAGGAAAUUAUGGAUUCUAAUAAAUCUAAAUUUUUACGCGUGCUUUGCAAUUGGAUUGCAAGGGAUAGCAACGUGGAUAUGCCUGGGCUUAAAGUCACCUUUCAUCGAAUUUAAAGCGGAGAUUGAGGCGCUUUCGAAUACGAGUAUUUUACUGAAUAUUACGAAGGACGAACAGUUUCUGAUGCACGAGCAGGGGCUGAGGAAGUUGGGGACAUUCAUACGGCCUGUUGACAUCAGAAACAGUACAACGGGGUUUGUGAAGUCGAACUUCACAAAAACGGUCCCGGUUAGCAACAGGAAACGCGAUGGGGUGACUUCGAAUCCCAUUGCCGAAGAAAUGGACCAGAAAAAUAUCGAAUUGAUAGAUGACGGUACGGACGAUGAGUUGCUUAAUGCGAUGAAUAGGGACAUGAAGUUCAUAGUACCAAUGGCUUUGAAGAAUCCAGCGCAAGAAGUGAAAAAGGAAGCUCGCACAGAGUUUUCAACAAAUAUUGAUGAUCUGAAGAAUCAUAUUCUGAAGCUACAGAACUUGACUAAAGCAAAUAAGAAUUUUGAAGAUAAGUUUGUUGUGUUUCCGAGCAUACAACGCCAACGAGGUGCACCUCAGAGUGGUGCUACAACAACCUCAACGACUCGUCGUCCUGUGACUUCUGCGAGGCCGAAACAAUAUGAAUCGCCUCCACGCAAGAAAGACUCUCGUCCCUCGACCACAAAAGAUACCCCUGUUGAGCACAUAGCCAUCAUCCCACAAGUUCUUUUACUUAAUGAUCAAACGUCGCAGGAUGACGAUCCGAAUAGUUCGGAACCAGGUGAACGUGAUAAGCCAUACACCAUUCCACAAAACCGUCGGAAUCGUCCCUCAGAUGGCUCGACACCGCUAGGAUCAGGACGGGACCCGCCACGACGCACCUCAAAUCAGCAACGCUCCGGAACUGGCGGUGGUAAACGUAAGAAAAAUCGCCGUAAGCAAAAUUGCAAGAACCCGAACAAGGAGCGAUGCAGGAAACAACGUAGAAGACCCCAGGGCCAAAGGCAGAUGUCUGCGCUGAAUAGCACGUUAAAUACGUUCCCUACCCAGGGCGAUUGGACACGCCAGAACCGGAACGAAUUCAAAUUACUGCGAUCCAUAAGAAGCCAUAAGCGUCGCAACUCGGGCAGCGGCGUAAAAUCCAGCUCUGAUUUAACAACGUAUGAGUUGAGUAGCGGAACUAAUGUUAAAAACGCAACCGCUCCAGUAUGGAAUGUCAACGGCGGCAAUAACAGUUCCUCAUUCACCAGCCAAGAAAAAAUUGACAUUAACCCUAAUUUAUGUUACGAUGUAGAUGGGUUGACGUACGGCCAACGGAGGCUGUGCGUUCUUCACACCAACAUUAUGCCGGCCAUUAGUCGCGGUGCGAGAGCAGCCAUUCAGGAAUGCCAGCACCAACUGAAAAAUCGUCGCUGGAAUUGCAGUACGACUAAUGAUAACACCGUCUUCGGCCCGAUGACUAGCAUAGGGUCUCCGGAGAUGGCUUUUAUCCAUGCUUUAGCUGCAGCGACGGUAACAAGUUUCGUAGCGCGAGCCUGCCGAGAUGGUCAACUGGCGUCCUGCGGGUGUUCGAGGAGUGCCAAGCCCAAGCCACUGCACGACGACUGGAUUUGGGGUGGUUGUGGAGAUGAUCUGGAGUUUGCAUACAAAUUUUCACAAACUUUCAUUGAUAUACGGGAAACUGAACGUAAGCGAGGAGCAAGAGGAUUGAUUUCACUCCCUCCAAAAAGUAAAGGAGGAUCGGAUUCACCAGAAAAUCGCAAUAAUUCUACAGGAGGAGACCUAGGUGCUAAUAAAUUCAAUGGAUCAAACACAACUAGCUUUAAGCCAGAGGACUUGCUAGAAUUGAACGAGAAAAUCACAAAAGAAAUUCUGAAUUCGAAAUUACAUGAAAAAGAAAUGUUAGCACUGAAGGAAAAAAUUAGUCGAGAAAUUCUAAAUUCAAAUAUAUUUGGCGGAGGCCAGCAUGGCACCUAUAAUGAUGAGGGGUACAGUGGUGCAUCAGGAUCAUUUGCAACUAUAUUAGGACGCCCUAGAACUCCCAGUUCAGAAAAGGCUUAUAGUCUUAUGAAUUUGCAUAACAAUGAAGCUGGCCGAAGGGCGGUCAUAAAAAAGACAAGAAUUACAUGCAAAUGUCAUGGUGUAUCCGGAUCAUGCAGUCUAAUAACUUGCUGGCAACAGUUAUCCUCGAUAAGAGAAAUAGGGGAUUAUCUACGGGAAAAGUAUGACGCCGCUACGGAAGUGAAAUUAAACAGAAGAGGACGAUUACAAGUGAAGGAUCUUCGAUAUAAAAUUCCCACCGCUCACGAUUUAGUUUUUAUGGAUGAAAGUCCGGAUUGGUGUCGAAGUAAUCGACAAUUAAAUUGGCCAGGAACUCAUGGCCGUGUUUGUAAUAAAACCUCUGCAGGACUAGACGGUUGCGGAAUCCUAUGCUGCGGGCGAGGCUACAAUACGAAAAAUAUUGUCGUCCGGGAACGAUGCAAUUGCAAAUUCCAUUGGUGUUGUCAAGUUAAAUGCGAAACUUGCGUGAAGGUCCUUGAAGAGCACACUUGUAAAUAGAAUAAACAAUGAACAAUUUUAAGAUAUAUCUAUUUCUUCUACUCACUAAAUCUAAUUGACGGAUUUAAACCACUACAAUUUUAAAGAGGCAUAAUAAAUAUUAUUGUACACUUUUUGACUUAAACUAAACCAAGGAAAGAAACAGAAGCACAAAUUGUAAUAAUAUUUUCUUGAAAAUACUCAGUCCAGCAGUAUUAGUUGAUUUUUUGGAAACCUGCGCACCGGUGUUUCUAAUUCGAGGUUGUUUUACAUUAUUUUAGUACAAAACAUAGUAGUAGUAUGUAAAUGUUUAGAAGGAGCCAGAGAAAGAGGUCCAAGUCUUUUGACGAGCUUGUUUUAUGUUCCAUUACUCACUCACCAAGUCGACAUUCCUUUUGAAUAAGUCCAUAUUUUUCGUUUGAUUUUUUAGCUACGGAUAAGUAAAUUAUUUAUCAUUGUACAUUUUGGGAUUAUUUUGUUUCUAGAUCUAUUAGAUGAAAUGUAAAAUGGAAAUUAGCAUUUAGAGAUGAGAAAAUACAAUCGUUCCCAGAAAAUAAAUCAUUUGGGUAAUUUCUUGUAAAGGAAUUAGCAUUUGACAAUAAAAAUUGAAGUUGAAGGUACCAGAGAAAGAAAAAUGCAAGGUACAAGGCGAAAUUUGUGUAACGUUCUUCUUCUUUGAUUGCCAUUCAGUAUUAAAUCAUUAAGACUUUCUUUUUAUUUUACUGAGAAUGCAAUAAAACAUUAUUA